GCAAGGCAAGAGGGAGCGCGGAAGGAGAAGGAUUCCCCCCCUCCCGAGAAGGAACCAGCAGCUGCAACAGCGGCAGCAACGCCGGGGUGCAAGGUGGCAGGAAAACCAGAACAGACGCGCCGGCAGAGAGGCACCCACACUGCCACUGUGAGCAGCUCUUCCGUUUCUAUCUAAAUUUUUUUUAACACUUGGAACUUUUUUUUGUCAAUUAAGCCCCACACUCAAAAAAAUUCGCAGGCCUCUGUCACCACCCUGCGUCUUCCCCCAACAUGCCGUCCAAUGGCCCCGUUGACACCAGCGGCCCCACUGCAGACCAAGGGACAGCUGACUCUCACAAGCAGGGUGAAGAGGAAUCUGAUGAGAAUCGUAACAAGGAAGAGAAGCCAGAUCCGGGGAUCCCCAUGAGGAAAGCAGGGCGGCCCGGUAGGAAACGUAAACAACCAGUGGUGGAGAGCAACGAAGCCCCCAAAGACACAGCCUCAGCACCGAAGUGCCCCCCGCCUGCCCAUGACACCAGCCCUAUGGAGCAAGUGCCCAACGGAGAAGCGGAGAUGGGCAGCCCAGAGAACAGCAGCACCACCGACCUGAAGGGCAGGCAGCGUGGUGAGAAUGAAUCCAGCAGCCUCCCGGAUGGGGAGAUGGGCUCGGCCCUGGAAAAUGGACGCUGCACCCCCAAGGACAGCCCUGACCCGCCUGCCAGUGAAGGCAAAGAAGAGAAGGACGAAAACCACUACAACUCUAUGAAAAUGGAGGGAUCGCGAGGCCGCCUACGUGGAGGGCUGGGUUGCGAGUCAAACCUGCGCCCCAGGCCAAUGCAGCGUCUGACCUUCCAGGCUGGGGACCCAUACUACAUCAGCAAGAGGAAGAGGGACGAGUGGUUGGCCAGGUGGAAGAGGGAGACUGAUAACCCACCGGCAGCUCAGCUUGACAAGGCUGAGAAAAAAGCCAAGGUCAUUGCUGGGAUGAAUGCAGUGGAGGAGACACCACGGACUGAGCCCCAGAAGGAAGAAGAGGCCAGCCCACCCGCCUUGCAGCAGCCCACCGACCCUGCCUCUCCCAAUGUGGCGACUACUCCAGAACCAGUUGGGCCUGAUGCUGUGGACAAGGGUAUAUCCAAGUCAGCUGAUGAUGAACCAGAAUAUGAGGACGGCCGGGGAUUUGGAAUCGGGGAGCUGGUCUGGGGGAAAUUGCGUGGAUUCUCCUGGUGGCCAGGUCGCAUUGUUUCCUGGUGGAUGACUGGCAGGAGCCGGGCUGCUGAGGGCACCCGCUGGGUCAUGUGGUUUGGCGAUGGGAAGUUCUCUGUGGUCUGUGUGGAGAAGCUGCUGCCACUCAGUUCCUUCGCCAGUGCAUUCCACCAAGCUACUUACAACAAGCAGCCCAUGUAUCGGAAGGCCAUUUACGAAGUGCUGCAGGUGGCGAGCAGCAGAGCGGGCAAGAUCUUCCCCUCCUGUCCAGAAAAUGAUGAAACGGACACAUCCAAAGUAGUGGAGAUGCAGAACAAGCAGAUGAUUGAAUGGGCCUUGGGGGGGUUCCAGCCAUCUGGUCCCAAGGGUCUGGAGCCUCCUGAAGAGGAACGCAACCCCUACAAAGAAGUUUACACGGAGAUGUGGGUGGAGCCAGAAGCUGCUGCCUAUGCCCCUCCUCCGCCAGCCAAAAAACCAAGGAAAAGCACAGAGAAGCCUAAGGUCAAAGAGAUCAUAGAUGAGCGCACCAGAGAGCGUCUUGUUUAUGAGGUCCGACAGAAGUGCAGGAAUAUUGAAGAUAUCUGCAUCUCUUGUGGAAGCCUCAAUGUCAGCCUGGAACACCCUCUUUUUAUUGGAGGAAUGUGCCAAAACUGCAAGAACUGCUUUCUGGAAUGUGCCUACCAGUACGAUGAUGACGGCUACCAAUCCUAUUGCACCAUCUGUUGUGGAGGCCGCGAAGUCCUGAUGUGUGGAAACAACAAUUGCUGCAGGUGCUUUUGUGUAGAGUGCGUAGACCUGCUGGUGGGCCCUGGUGCAGCUCAGGCAGCAAUCAAGGAGGAUCCCUGGAACUGCUACAUGUGCGGCCACAAAGGUGUCUAUGGCCUGCUCCGGCGGCGGGAAGACUGGCCAUCACGCCUCCAGAUGUUUUUCGCCAACAACCAUGACCAAGAGUUUGACCCACCAAAGGUUUACCCUCCAGUCCCUGCUGAAAAAAGGAAGCCCAUCCGGGUGCUCUCGCUUUUCGAUGGCAUUGCCACAGGCCUACUGGUGCUGAAGGAUUUGGGCAUCCAAGUGGAUCGGUAUAUUGCUUCUGAGGUGUGUGAAGACUCCAUCACAGUUGGGAUGGUCCGACACCAGGGCAAGAUCAUGUAUGUUGGGGACGUCCGCAAUGUCACCCAGAAACACAUACAGGAGUGGGGCCCCUUUGACCUGGUCAUCGGAGGGAGCCCCUGCAAUGAUCUAUCCAUUGUCAAUCCUGCCAGGAAGGGCCUUUAUGAGGGGACAGGGCGGCUCUUCUUUGAGUUCUAUCGUCUUCUGCAUGAGGCCCGGCCCAAGGAGGGAGAUGACCGGCCCUUCUUUUGGCUCUUUGAGAACGUGGUGGCCAUGGGCGUCAGUGACAAAAGAGACAUCUCUCGCUUCCUAGAGUCCAACCCGGUGAUGAUCGAUGCCAAAGAGGUCUCUGCAGCUCACAGGGCCCGGUACUUCUGGGGAAACCUGCCCGGCAUGAACAGGCCACUGGCUUCAACUGUGAAUGAUAAGUUGGAACUGCAGGAGUGUUUGGAGCAUGGCAGGAUAGCGAAGUUCAGCAAGGUCCGAACCAUCACCACUCGCUCCAAUUCCAUCAAGCAAGGAAAGGAUCAGCACUUCCCCGUCUUCAUGAAUGAGAAGGAAGAUAUCCUGUGGUGCACUGAGAUGGAAAGGGUCUUUGGCUUCCCGGUCCACUACACAGAUGUGUCCAACAUGAGCCGCCUGGCUCGGCAGAGACUGCUGGGUCGCUCCUGGAGUGUGCCGGUGAUCCGCCACCUCUUCGCCCCGCUGAAGGAGUACUUUGCCUGCGUUUAAAGAGACGCACCCACGGAACUGGCAAAGCGGAGGGAGGAGUCUCAAACACAACCAUCCCCAGGAACAGAAGAGAAGUGGCACCAGAACGGAGGAGGGGGCUGGUGGGUGAGAGGGAGGGAGAGGACGGCCCCCAGACGUGCGCCGGCUCCUGCCGUUUGAAUCUUUGCCCAUCCUCUCCCCAAUUUGAACCCCCCUAAAUCAAACCAACCGUUCCCACUUUCUGUUGGUAACCCUUUAAUUUUCCUGCUCUUUCUGGAUGGGUUUGUCUGUUAGUUUGGUUUCUGCCUCUCCUCGGCUGGGUCCCAGCAGUGCUGGUUCCACACUGGCACUGUUGAAACAGAGAAAAUGCCAGCCAAGCCCAAAGCUGAGCGGGCCAGGGGGGAGCGACAUCACCCCUGCUCGGUUUAGGAGCACAAAGCAGGGUGCAGCGGGGCCUCCUUGCGUCUAUCAGCGCCGUUCCUGGGGUGAGCACAAGCAGGGAAGCCGCAAACCCCACCAGCCCCUUCCUGGCCCCCCCUCCCAGCCACACAUUUUUCUACAGUAUUUGGGUGCCUACAACACAGGAGACCUUGAUUCACCCAGCCCCUACAGCCGCUCUUACCUCUUGUUUACAGUUUAUAUAUAUGUGAGAGUUAUGUGAGAGAGAUGUCUAUAUAUAAAAGGUACUGUUACUACUGUACAACUGACUUUCAUAAUGGUGCUUCUACAACAGCUGGAGGUGGGGCUGAUGGCAGCUUCUGUGGUGCUUUUAUGUGCCAGCCCGCAGGAGGGGGGGUUUCAAAGCAAAUGCACCCCUCUUCCCAUGGAGGGCGGGUGGGCAGCAGAGCUAGGCACCACUCUCCACUCCAGGGUGUCAUGCAAUAAUGCUUUCUGUUUCCUAAAAAGCAACCCUCCCUCGGGCCCGGGGCGAUCGGCCCUGAGCAAUGGGGUCAGCCAGCCCCCCUGCGGAAUUCCAAAUGGCAGCCCUAACAUGCUGGUGCUUUCCUGUGACAGGCGCCCUCCUGCAUGUCCUCUCUGGGCUCCCCCCUCCAGCACCUGCCCAGUGUGCAAACAGGGAGGUGGGACGCCUCGAGGCCCCAUGCUCGUUUCUGUCAUCUCUGAACUCACAGGCUGUGGUGUCAUCCACAAGGUCUUGGAUUUGGCCCCUUUCCUCCAUUUUUGCCCUUUGAAUUGCAAACUUCCCCACCUCUGGGGGUGGAGAAGUCGGUAGGGAGAAGAGGCCCCCUCCCCCACCUUGCAGUAGCACCCCUAUCCCAUUCCUCCCUGAUCUCACACGGUGUUUGAGGGUCAGCCUCGGCUGUCUCCCUCUCCCCACUCCUUCCCCCUGUUUGUGGCUGAUGUGAAUUUCAUACUUCCUGUUUUGCUUGAUCAGGCUCUGGCUGUGCUACCCCCUUCCCCCAGGGGAUGGAAAGGGUAAAGAGUUGUGUGCGGGGUGGGGUGGGGGGAGCUCUCAUAUGAGGAGUGUCUCCCUAGGUCCUUCUUGGUUUCCCUGUGCGAGGCCCAUCUGAGGAGACUGUGUUUUCCUGGUUAAUGCCUAGGCAAUUGUGUGCACUUUACUCCUUCGGGCAACAGGGGAAGUGACCCUCUCACCCACGGUCCUGUGAGGUGGGGGGGAAUGCCCAUUGGGCUCCGAUUACUUCUAAAUUGGGGAUGCUUCUCCCUUUUCUGCCUGUAGGAGCGGCUCCCAACAGGGUCCCAAGCCCUUGGUGCUAAUGGGGAGAGGGGAUAGGCGAUCCCUAGAACCCGGCUCCCUGCCUCAGCAGCUUCCCCCAUCUCUGCCUCCAAAGGGGACAGCAUCUCCCCUCUGCUCCCGUCUUCCCUGUGUCCAAUGGUGCUCUCAGAGGCAGUGGGGCAGAUGCUGAAGCAAAGCGUGGGAUCGGUUAGUGGUCGUCAGGGGAAGGCUACGGGCUUCUCCACUCCCCCCUCCCUCUCCGCCAAUGCACAACUUGUCAGGUGGGUGCAAAGUGGCUGCAGCUAGCAGAGAAGGCCUCAGUGGAAAAGCUGCUGGUAUCGGUGCUAACAUUUCAGGGAGUUGAGAUGGUCGGGCAAGAGCCUCCUCUUACUUCCCAUCUAACUGUGAAAGGGGCUGGGAUCUCACUCAGGGCCAGAUGGGAAAAGGAGAGCAGCGGAGUAUUCCAAACGGGACUGUCUAGCUAGACAUGUCCGCCCCCUCGUGCCUCCAGGUCAGUCUCCCUCUGGCCCCCUUGAGGGAUCAGUUGCUGAUACCCAUUUGUGCAAAAGCCUUUGGUGGAGGUGGUCUCCCUUCUGCUAUGCGGGAUUCCCCACCAGCUCACUUUGCCACAGGGGGGAAAAGAGAACUCGGGUGUCCCUUCGAGUUUCACUGGUGCUAAAUGGGAAACACAAGACCAUCUCCAAUAAUGACCCGGCCUUGGGAGGGGGUGGGUGGGCUUUGUACCCAGGGCAAUCUGAGCCAAGGGGCAGGCUGAAGGAGAGGGGAAUCCAGACGAUCUCUCCAAGAGCAGUGGGGCUCCAGCCUCCUAUCUAAUCUGUAUGCUUCGGAGGAGCAUUCGCUGGGGGUGGGGGGUGGGGUGAGAAUAGUGGCUUUCGCAUCAACACCCCCUCAUCUCCCCAGAGCCUUCCUUUCGAUGACUUCUGGCUCAGCCGUGGGGCUAGCUAGCUAGCUAGCUACGUCAUCUGCCAGAAGUCCGUAUUCAGCAGGUAAUGGCUUAGCUUGGCUCCCUUGCGUUGCUCUAGGGCGUUCGGGCAGGCCCUCUUUCUGAACGGCCCAACGUUGUGGAGUCUCGUUGCGCAGACUCUCCCAAUGCCCUCCCCAGAACUGGAAGUGGCUCCUUGCGAUCGCACGUUCUGUCUGUUUCUAUGUCCUUCAGAUUUCCCUGAUGUAUUGUCUUGGGCCUGUUUUGCUGUCUGCCACAGAAUCCACCUGCUUCCCUCAGGGGGUGGGGGAGGAAGGAAGAGGGAAGAGAUGGACUUUUUCAACCGACCGACCGUCUCUUUUUCAUAAAGAGCCCUCUCGUCAGGUUGCCCAGCCCUAGACUGAAAAGCAAAGCAACCGGCCCCCUGCCCCCCCCCUUUGCCCCAUCUGCCUGAAAUUCCUUCAGCAUCUGCAGAGGGACGAGGUGACAACCAAGGUGCUAAACUGUUUAUUACAGAUCUCUAUUGUUAACUUAAGUCUGCUGUCUGGACAAUGACUGUUUUUGUUUUCUUGUAGUGGAGUAUAAAAGAGCUCUAUUAUUUUACUCUUAUAUAUUAUUAUUAAAAAAAAGGCAUUUUAACUUUGUACUUGAAACCUAAAGGAAAAAAAUUCAUGUGUUUUAGGCUAGACAUUGAAGUAGCUGAGAUGCUUUACUGUUUGUGGGAAAUCAUGUAUUCAUGCUGAAGAAUAAAACUGUCGAGAUCCUGGGAAGAGCUUGGCCUGUUCCCUGUGCUCUCCAGCUGCCUCCCACCCGACAUUCCAUGCAGCUAUGCCCAGAUGUCCUUCCUUUCUUUUCCCGAUUCCGUUUCCCCCCCUCCAUUCUACCCCUUGCUUUUUUAAAAUUUUAUUUUCUAGUAUGAUUUCGGGAUGCCCCAUCCCUUCGGCCGCUUUUCCUUUUUUUUUUUUUUUAGGGUUGCUUCUAUAUUUAUUGACAAAUAAAUAAUGUACAUUUCAGAGUAUGGUUCUGCUUUGCCAGGGGGUGGGAAGGGGGAGGCCAACUCUCCCACCAUCCCCAUGGGUGGGCUGUUGUAUCUCUGUGUAAGUAUUGCUCGUGACAUAGCUGUUUUAUAAACUAAUUAAAAGGUCAAUGGUG